GUGCGGUUCUGCUUCGACCCCCUGUUCUCACUCUUCAAUUCGAAGCGGAAGACCAGACUCCUCACUUUUUCGUCAUGUUCGCCAAGACCGUCCGCUCGAUGGCCGCUCCCGCGCGCCGCGGCUUCGCCACCAGCCAGAAGAUCAAGGUGCACAAGCCCAUUGUGGAGCUUGACGGCGAUGAGAUGACGCGCGUCAUCUGGUCGCAGAUCAAGGACAAGUACAUCCACCCGUACCUUGACCUGGACAUCGAGUACUUCGACCUGGGUCUGCCGCACCGUGACGCCACCAACGACCAGGUGACCAUCGACGCUGCCCACGCCAUCCAGGAGCACAACGUCGGCAUCAAGUGCGCGACCAUCACUCCUGAUGAGCAGCGUGUGGAGGAGUUCAAGCUCAAGAAGAUGUGGCGCUCGCCCAACGGCACGAUCCGUAACAUCCUCAACGGCACGGUCUUCCGUGAGCCCAUCGUCAUCUCCAACGUGCCGCGUCUUGUGCCUGGCUGGAAGAAGCCCAUCGUCGUGGGCCGUCACGCCUUCGGUGACCAGUACAAGAGCACGGACUUCAUUGCCCCUGGUCCGGGCAAGUUCGAGGUCGUGUACACGCCCGCGGACGGCGGUGACAAGCAGACGUUCGAGGUGUAUGACUUCAAGGGCCCCGGCGUGGGUCUGGCCAUGUACAACACGGACGAGAGCAUCUACGGCUUCGCCAAGUCGUGCCUGUCCUUCGCUCUGAGCAAGAACCAGGACCUGUACCUGUCCACCAAGAACACCAUUCUGAAGAAGUACGACGGCCGCUUCAAGGACAUCUUCGAGGAGGUGUACCAGAGCGAGUUCAAGGCCAAGUACGACGCCGCCGGCAUCUCGUACACGCACCGUCUGAUCGACGACAUGGUCGCCCAGGCUCUUAAGAGCGACGGCGGCUUCGUCUGGGCCUGCAAGAACUACGACGGUGACGUCCAGUCGGACAUCGUCGCCCAGGGCUACGGCUCGCUUGGUCUGAUGACCAGUGUUCUGGUUGCUCCCGAUGGAAAGACGGUGGAGGCUGAGGCCGCUCACGGCACGGUCACGCGUCACUGGCGCCAGUACCAGCAGGGCAAGAAGACGAGCACCAACCCCAUUGCCUCGAUCUACGCCUGGACGCGUGGUCUCGCCCACCGCGGCAAGCUUGACGGCAACCAGGAGCUCGUUAACUUCUCUCUGGGCCUGGAGGACGCCGUGAUCAAGACGGUGGAGGCCGGCCACAUGACCAAGGACUUGGCUAUCUGCAUCCACGGCUCCAACGUGACCCCGGACCACUACUUGUACACGGAAGACUUCAUGGACAAGGUCAAGGACACCUUCGACGCCACGCGCAACUAAACUGCCAGGGGAUUGAAGAGGGAGAGUAUACUGACAAAAAUGAGCUUUCUAUCUACAAUCUACAGUAUACAUGUAUACGCAGUUAGCAAGCUCUAAAUGUAGUCAACAACCGACCAGAGGUGUAGUACUCCAUUGCCGUAUCAUGCUACAUUGAUACUGAUUCGACUACUACAGGCAGUAGUAAUGAACACCACUAGACGCUGACAACUCCGCAACAGCACAAACAGG